UCUUCUGUUACUUGAUACUAUUCGGUUCAGCCUAUACCUUCCAUAGGCAACGUUUGUUUGAUAUUGGGAGUCUUGUCCCACGAGAGGUUGCCAAGUGUUGUGCCUCUUCACCUCUCCUCCUCCUCCUCUUAACAACAACACUCCGAAACCAUGGCGUAUCAACCAGUUCGCCAUGAGCGCGUAAUAAGCGCAGACAGCACGACUCCUCUCACAGCGGCCAUAGAGCCUCAAGCAGGAGAUUUCAACAAUAACCAGCCCUUCCAAUAUGUCAACACCAACGACCUACAUGCCAACGCUGGCGCCGUUCCUCAACAACCAGACCAAAUACACCCGGCCCAACAGCCUCUAUACGCCGACCAGCAGCAAUAUUAUGACUACCAGUAUAGCAAUGGCGACUAUCAAAACCCUCAGAUCCAACAAGUACCACUCGAAGGCCAAUACCUCACCCAAGAAGGCUUCAUGUUCCCCCCCAAACAACCAACAACCUUCUCCGUCUCUCCCAUGUCCGCCUCCCCAGCCUCCUGGGAGAAACAACGAAAUCAUGAUGCCAACCGGCAAUUUGCCAUGAGCACAAGCUCCUCCGGAAAAUCCGACGGCAAACUCUCAGCCAUCUUCUCCAAAAACGGCACCUGGACCUACGAAACCAUCAGCAUGUUCGUCGCCCUAGGCGCCGUCGCCUCCAUCAUCGCCGUCCUAGCCACCUACGACGGCCAACCGCUACCCUCCUGGCCGCACUGGAUCACUCUGAACGCCGUCAUCGCCAUCCUAGCCACCGUCGCCACAGCCAGCAUGAGCGUCCCGCUAUCAGGCGGGCUGGGACAGCUCAAAUGGAUUCGCUUCAAGCAAGGCCGGGCCCCGCUAAGCGACAUGGAGCUCUACGACGACGCGAGCCGCGGCGCCUUUGGGGCCGUCAACAUGCUCUUCCGCGCGCGGGGCGGGUUCGCGGGUAGUUUUGGUGCCGUGGUGAUGGUCAUCGCGCUGUUUCUCAGCCCUUUUGCUCAGCAGAUCGCCACUUUUCCCACGCGAAUGGUCGAGACCCCGUCCGGGGCAGUUAACUACCGCACCGAAACGUACGGCCUCGCGCUGCACGGCAAGGAAUCACUCAGCCAAGCCUUCGUUCCCAUCCUGCCCAUCAAGGCGGCCGUGUACAAAGGCUUGUUCGCCGAGGACGGCCGGCCCUGGAUGGGUUUGCCGUUCCAAUGUUCCACAGGCAACUGCACGUUCCCGCCCAUCGAGACGCUGGGCGUCUGUCACAAGUGCGUCGACAUGUCCGAGUACAUGACGCGGUACUGCCCCCCUGGCAUAACCAACACAGAUGACUGCGGCUGGAAGCUCCCCUCCGGCGCCGCCAAACUGAACUCCUCAGCCGAGGUCUUCGGCAUGACCUCUCUCUUCCCCGGCUCUUCCACAGGCGACGCCACCUACAGCACCAUAAUGAAAUUAAUCUUCAUGGGCACCGAGACCAACGCCACCGGUCCCGGCGUGCUCUCCCCCUGGGCAACACAAUGUACUUUAACCGUCUGCCUCCAAACUUUGGCCUCCAACAUCACCAACGGCUUCCUCCACGAAUCCCACUUAUCCUCACCAAUAACCAACGACACCGUCCCCUCUCUGUCCUCCCUCUCCAGCAGCAUCAACAGCCUAGACCCUCUAACCAUCCAAUCCCCCACCAACUCCUCCCUCCUCUACUCCAUGUCCAUGGAAUCGAUCUUAGCCAUGCAAUCCUGGUUUUCCCGUUUAUUCGCCAACGGCACGGCCUCCCGUAAUCCCACUUACAUCAACCAGACCAUCUCCGACCUUCCCAAUACCAGCGGAAACGUAGUAGUAAACCUAACAGUCGGCAUCUCCUCGGGAGAAACUUUCUUCGACACCGACAUCGUCCAAGCCUUUUACUGGAACUACUACGAAUAUCCCUCCUCCCCUUCCUCUUCCUCUCCUUCCUCUCCUGCUGCGCCAAAGGGACUCGAGAUGCUCAUGUCCGACCUCGCCGUCUCUUUGACUUCGACAUUUAGGACACUGACCGCCGUGCCCAUCAACGGCACCUCUUUGAGCUACGAAACCUUUGUUUCCGUGCGGUGGGGGUUUGUGGCGCUGCCUGUGACUGCCGUGAUCCUCGCGGCGUUUUUCUUGGGAUUGGCGGCUUGGGAGACGAAAAGAAGCGGGGCGAGCUUGUGGAAGACGAGCGCGUUGGCGAUGUUGUUCCAUGGCUUGGAUGGGGACGCGAGGGAACGGUUUGAGGAUUUGAGGAGUUUGGAGGCGAAGAAGAGGGAGAGUAGGAAUGUGAAGGUUAGGCUGAGUGCGGAGGAGGGGAGUCUGGAUGGGAAGGGGGGAACGUUGAAGAUUGAUCGGGUUUUAUGAGUAGUGGGAGGGGGAGAUAUUGAUUUUCAGGAUGGGUUACAUACCUACCUGUGGUAUUAGACGAGAUAAGGCAGCCCUGGUUGAUUGAACUGACCUCGAACAUUGAGUUGCCAAAAGGACUAAAACGCUAUAUGGCAUUGAUGCUGCCUAUCCGCUGAUAGUGAAGGAUGUCUUCUCCACAACCCCAGAAUAUCCCUUAAAGUUAGAAGCAUACCUCAACCAAGAGCAUAUG